CUCUCUCUCUUUCUCCGCGCUUGAGGUUGGCGUCGGAGAUUACCAAAGAGCUCUCUCUAAUCGUCGUCUCUUGGAUAUAUGGCGUCUCAGCCUGCAGGUGGUAGACCUCCUAAACCUUGGGAACAAGAAGGAAAUACAUCUGGUCCUACUCCUUUCAGGCCUCCUUCUAAUACUAGCACGGCUGGUUCAGUUGAGGCUUCUGGCACAGCUAAUCCUGGUGAAGUAGUUCCUCCCCCCGCGAACCGGCCUAAUACAGCUGCUAAUAUGACUGCACUGAGUAGGCCUGUACCGGCUAGACCUUGGGAGCAGCAAAAUUAUGGGAGCACUAUGGGAGGUUAUGGUUCAAAUCUAGGUAUGACCUCUGGGUAUGGGUCAGGUACAUAUGGUUCAGCAUUAGGUGGGUAUGGUUCAUCAUAUGGUGGUGGGAUGUAUGGUGGUAGUAGCAUGUAUAGAGGAGGUUAUGGUGGUGCUGGUGGUCUCUAUGGAAGUUCAGGCAUGUAUGGUGGUGGCGCGAUGGGUGGUUAUGGUGGCACGAUGGGUGGUUAUGGUAUGGGUAUGGGGACGGGAACGGGAACGGGAAUGGGAAUGGGAAUGGGGAUGGGGAUGGGUCCUUAUGGUGGUCAAGAUCCAAAUGACCCGUUUAAUCAACCUCCAUCUCCACCAGGCUUCUGGAUAUCAUUUCUCCGUGUGAUGCAAGGUGCGGUGAAUUUCUUUGGCCGUGUAGCAAUGCUUAUAGAUCAAAACACACAGGCCUUUCACAUGUUCAUGUCUGCCCUUCUUCAGCUAUUUGAUCGUGGUGGUAUGUUAUAUGGAGAAUUAGCAAGAUUUGUAUUGCGUAUGCUUGGGGUGAGAACAAGGCCUAGAAAGAUGCAGCAGCCACCACAAGGGCCUAAUGGACUCCCUUUACCCCACCAGCCACAUGGAAACCAGAACUACAUCGAGGGGCCUAAAACUGCUGCACCAGGUGGUGGCGGUGGUUGGGACAAUGUGUGGGGAAACUAAGUUACUUAUUUCAUUACCCAAAUCCUUCAGCAUUGCUUUAAAUACAACAAGAAAACCAGUUGGUUACCGAUAGAAGACAAGCCGUGUAGCAGCCUGCAACGCAGAUUGGGAUGUACGAAAACCAGAUGUUUGUUUACAAAUCGAGUCUCUUCUUCUCUUCUCUAUCUCUAUCUUCUCAGUUUUCUGAUCGUGUGGUAAAGGAUAGAUGUCGUACUCAAUAAAAUGGAAAGUGAAGU